CCAAUAAAAUAAAUCGUGGUGAAGUCAAACAUCUUGCAGAUAACUCAGGAUCAGAAAAAACAGACAGAACAACAAAGAGAUCCAGAGUGUCAACCAUAAGGCGGAUAUUUGACAUGGCAAAACACCGAACAAAGAGGUCAUCCUUCUUCCCAACCGGUGUGAAAGUCUGCCCACAAGAAUCAGUGAAGCAGAUUUUAGCCAGUCACCAAGCAUACUAUAGAUUACGAGUCUGCCAGGAAGCUGUAUGGGAAGCCUUUCGUAUUUUUCUGGAUCGGAUUCCUGAUACUUCUGAGUAUCAGAACUGGGUUACCGCCUGCCAGAGGGAAACUUUCUGCAUAUUCGACAUUGGCAAAAACUUCAGCAAUUCCCAAGAGCAUCUGGAAAUAAUCCAACGGCGAGUAAAACAUAGAACCUUCCAGGAAAGGAAAGAUGAAAUAUCCACAGAGAAAACAGGUGGCAAAAAGCUGGAAGACAUUUCUUCCAUUUCUACAGGUUCCCCCAGCGCACCCCUGUCUCCAUACGCACCGGUGCCUAAUGGUACGCUGCUCAACGAAAUCGUCAACGACACAAAGACUCCUGUGAAGGAGCUGGGAACAAAUACAGUUCCAGAACUGCCUGUGGAGCAAAUGGUCGAAUUCAGCGUUACUCUCACUGAUCAGGAGUAUACAGCUGAGCUCAACGAUCCCAACUCCCCACAGUACCGGCAGCUUGCUGCCAAAUUUCAGCUACAGAUGCAAAAAAUAUUUGAGAAACUUCCAGGAUUCAAAGAAAUCCAUGUAUUAGGAUUUAAACAGAAGAAGGAAAAAGAUGGAUCAAGCAGCACUAUAGCACGAUAUGUGGUAAACUUUGAGAGAGAUGGCUCAGAAAUCAAAAGCGCAGCAGAUGACAUCACAACUAUUGGCUCUAAUAAGGUUGAAAAUGAAAAAACUCCACUUUCUCCAAAGGAAGAGAAGGAGAUAACAGCAGCUAGACUCACAGUGACAGAUCUUCAGCAACUAGUUGCCACAGCACUUCACGAAGACAAGUCCCUGCCGAUGGACCUUGGAACACUUCAGUUUACUGAUGAAUCUAUUAAACCACCUAGUGAUUCUGAUAAUGAUAUCCAGUCCAUGGUCACUAUUCCUCUAGCAGUCCCUGAGCUGGAGGACUCUAUGAGUGUUGAACUCCCACUAGCUUAUCCCAGCCCAGCACCAGUGGACCAAACAGGAGAUGUCUUGGUCAAUGAAUUUGCAACUGAAAUCCCUCGGCUGAGUGGAGACAUCAGUGCCCCUGAAGACUUUAAUAAUUUUAUUUCAUCUGAAACUGCAUUCGCUACCAAACCCUCCAGAGAACUAUCUCAAGGCAGUUUUGCUCCAGACACAGAAGACACUACUACUGACCAACAAAGUUUCACAGUGCCUUUCAACACUCUGGGUAGCACUCACAGUCCUUCAAAACCACAGGACUCCUAUUUGCCUCCUCCAGCAGAUGAGUUUACCAGCAAUGAAUUAAUCACUGAUGACUUUGAAUCUCCAACAGAGCAGGCUAUCACGCUGGCAGUUUAUACCACAGGUAGCAUUACCCCACCGAAUUUCCUGCAAGCCAAUGAUGACAAGAGUGAAGCAGAGAGGAAGAAAGAGCUGACUGGUAUAAUAGAACCACCUUUCAAGGAAGCUGGCCAAGAUGGCCUGCCUGGACAAGCAGUUAAGAUCAUGGAUCAACCGGAAUCAUCAGGCGAUGACAUUUUGGUUACAGCCAGCACUUACCUUCAAACAAAAACGUUGCCUUUCUUUAUUGGUGAUCUCUCUGCCACACAGCCUGAAGAUGUUAUUGCAGAUGCGCUGCCAUCAGGCCAAGCAGCAGUGCUGCCUGCUGCGACUAGCCCAUCCCACAGCCAGUCUGUUAUCAUCGAUCAGUCUCUUGAAGUAACAGAUUCCUCAGUACGAGCAGCUGGCAGCAUUGCUCCUAUGGGCACUGGGACAGGAGUGCAGGAUAUUGCUGCUGAGCUAGAUGGCAUCAGUGAGAUGAGCACAGCAGCACUGGAUGAAGUAGAGCACGGCAGCGGCUAUUUCUCCGUGCUAAGAACUCAGCCUGCAGAAACCACCCCAGCUCCUACACUGAAGUAUGUAACUACCAGCUCUAUGACAACUGCAGCCAAAGGCAAAGAGCUAGUGGUUUUCUUCAGCCUGCGGGUAACCAACAUGCACUUUUCCGAUGACCUCUUCAAUAGGAGUUCUCCAGAAUACAAAGCACUAGAACAACAGUUCAUGCAAUUGUUACUUCCGUACCUUCAGUCCAACCUUACAGGUUUUAAACAACUUGAAAUACUUAACUUCAGGAAUGGAAGUGUAAUUGUCAAUAGUAAAAUGAAAUUUGCCAGAACAGUGCCAUACAAUAUCACAGAAGCGGUACACUGUGUUUUGGAAGAUUUCUGUGAGGCUGCAGCCCAACGCCUCAAUUUGGAGAUUGACAGCUAUUCCCUGGAUAUUGAGCCAGCUGAUCAGGCAGACCCAUGCAAAUUCAUGGCAUGUGACGAGUUUUCAGAAUGCAUAAUGAACGAGUGGACAAAAGAGGCGGACUGCCUUUGUAAGCCUGGUUACGCAAGCCGGGACGGACUGCCGUGUCGGAGCCUGUGCGAGAUGGAACCGCAUCUUUGCAUCAAUGGUGGGAAAUGUGAGUUAGUUCCAGGAAGAGGAGCUGUCUGCAGGUCGCCAGACCAGUUUACAAAGCCAAGACUAACAAGUUAGUGUCUGAAAUUCUGCAAUUUGAGCAUCAGCCAGACAAAAGCAAGGUGUUCAAAAAAAAAGGAUGCCUGCAUUAUUCAAGACUGGACCUUCGGGUUACAUUAUGCAUAAUAAAAUUUAAGGAUUACUACAGAUUCACCAUUUUAUCUUUAAAAUAAGUAUAUA